CAGUGAGUCAUUAUCCCCGCAGCCAGACAACUCCAAGAGCAAACACCGAACAGUCGACAUUGUAUUCAGUAUUCUAGUAUUCGUGCGUUUUAGAAAUAAAAUGUAUAAAUAAACUCGCUCCGAUGAAUUUGUUGAAAGAGGUGUCAUCGGUGCUUUUGCAAGGGUCAUUGCUGAAUCCUCGACAAAUUGUGUUUUAAUUCGAUUUAAUAACACCUUACGAACCAAGCCAAAGUGAUUCAAUUUUAUUUUUUUGGUGGGAUGUUGAUAAUUUUUUAAAUAAAUAAGACGCGCCGGAGUGCAGAAACAUCAGUGUAUUGACAAACUAUCAAACUAGCCAAACGCAACUUUACAUUUUUGAAUAUUUAAACCUCAGUGUAUCAAAAUCAAAAUGUUUCUACUCACUGUACUCGGUGCAAUUAUAUCAACUGUGCAUGCCCAAACACCAGGGGUGAACUUCAUUUGUGUACCACCAGGGACUUGCAUUACCAACAAUACAGGUGGUGGAAGUGGUGUCAUAGAUCCGCGAAUCGUAACUCCGGGUGGUUCAGUGACCACUUUCCCUCCUGUUACUUCAUGUCCACCUGGAACUGUCGCCUGCUAUGGAAUUGUUGAUGGCAACGCUUGCGGAAGGAGAUAUGUAACAAAUGUGCCUAUCGCAGAUGGGCAAAGUGUUAAUGGUGCGUACCCUUGGCAAGUUUUCAUCCGUAACCAGACUGGUUACACAGGCAGUGGGGUCCUUUUAGAUGCCAAUCAUGUUCUUACAGCUGCCCACAAAGUCAACUUGAACCAGGGAACACCUGGUAACUUAGAAGUCUACGUUGGUGUAUAUAACCCAACAGAUUUAACAUCAGCUCAAAGACGCACAGUUACCGCAAUGCGUAUCCAUCCGAGUUUCUCUGCCACAACCCUCCGAAAUGACAUCGCUGUGCUUCGACUCAACACACCAAUUUCUCUGGGUUACCAAAUCAAUGUAGGUACGGCUUGUUUGCCAUCGGCUUCUGCGUCGUAUGUGGGCCGUCGUUGUACGGUAUCCGGAUGGGGCCAAACCGCCUUCAAUGUCGCUGACGCACCGACCAGCCCACAAAGACAAGUCACCGUUCCAAUUGUCAGCUACGCCACGUGCAGGGCAUCAAUGGCGCAAUCCAACGUCUUAGGAAGCAACGUAGAUAUCUAUUUGGACACUAAUGAAUUGUGUGCGGGUGGCGAGGCCAACCGAGAUGCCUGCACUCAAGAUGGUGGAGCACCUUUAGUAUGUGAAGACAAUGGCCGAUUCAAUAUUGCUGGUUUGGUCAUUUGGGGCAAGAAUUGUGGUCAACCCAACAUUUACGGUGUUUACGUAGAUGUCGCAAAGUACCGAUCAUGGGUUGACUCAGCCGUCAAUGAGCUAACAUUUGGUUAACUUGUGAAAUUGAUUUCUGUAUUUAUUUUAUUCUAUUGUAAAUCUUGAUGGUUAUUUAAUAAAUUGUUAUAUCACA